AUGGUCUACUGUGGAAAGCCCUCGAGGGGCUGCCAAAUGUGCAGGACUCGGCGAAUAAAGGCGGCAACGUUGCUGAUGUCGGUGUCAUUGCAGUGCGACGAAACGAAGCCUACAUGCAACCAAUGUGCCAAGUCACGACGCCAGUGUCCUGGUUAUAAGGACGAGUUCGACCUGCUGCUACGCAACGAAACCAAGGCUACAGAGCGGAGAGCAAAAAAGGCAGGGAAGAAGAUCGCCACCGAAAAAGGGGUCGGGCUGGACCAGAUGUCCGCCCCGUCUGGAUCGCCCACAAGCAGUCGUCUUUCACCAACAUUCCAAGGCGCUGUCAAGUCCCCAUUGGACCUGUCUAUCAUCCCGGCCCUCGAGAUCCCUGCCGAGACACACGCCUCGUGUCACUUCGUGUCGAACUUCGUCCUCGUUCCCCGCCAAGGCAGUACUCGGGGAUUUUUGGACUACCUUGUCCCGCUCCUGAAGACUGAGCGGGCCGACAGUCAAAUUCAACACGCCUUCAAUGCCUGCGCCCUGGCGUCGUUAGGAAAUCGAGUCAGCUCGCCCAGGAUCGACUUCUCGGGGCGGGCACAUGACGAAUAUAUUAAGGCGAUAAGCGCAACGAACAUCGCUCUUAGAGACCCAGAGGCUUCCAAGUCCGACGCGACUCUAGCGGCCGUCCUUUUGAUGGGAAUGUUCGAGAACAUUACGGCUAGCCGGCCUGCCGACUUCGCAUGGGGCUCACAUAUCGAAGGUGCCAUCCUGAUAACCAAGGCCCGGGGCCGAAAACAGCUGCGGACCAAGACUGGCUUGCUCUUGUUUGUUGCCGUCCGCACCCAACUGACCGUCCUCGCGCUCAGCGCUGCCAAGGCUCCCAGUAUGGGAGCUGACUGGUGGCUCAACGAUGCCGUCAAGGACGAAUCGGCCACCGCUUGCCAGCGCAUCAACCUCAAGACGGGCGAAUUGCGUGCCGAGGUUACUCGGAUUAUGACGACCCUGGCGCGGACACCAGAGAACACGGAUCUAGUGCUAGCCAUGAUCCGCCGGGCACAGUUGCUCGAUCAAGAAGCGGUCGGUUGGAUGAGGUCCGUGCCGGAGCCGUGGCAUUACAAGACGCUCUGCUGGGAGGAUCACGUCCCCAACGGGGACUAUAGCAAGGCCGAGGUUUUCCCCGGCCGCGUCGACGUCUACAAUGACUUCUGGAUCGCCUCUGUCUGGAACCUGACCCGCGCAACGAGGCUCGUCCUUGCAUCCCUCACGGUCCGCUGUGCGGCGUGGGUCUGCUCGCCCGUCGACUACCGGACGACGCCCGAGUAUGCGACGGCCUCGCAGACCUGUGUGGAUAUGAUCACCGACAUCAUCGCCUCCGUGCCAUACCAUCUAGGCUGGCACACCAAGAGGAAGCAUCUUUUCAGGAGCAUGGAGCUCUCAGGAUUUGCGUGCGGCGAGGAGGACUCAACCAAGGCCCUUCCCGGUUACUUCUUGUCGUGGCCACUCGCGUGCGUCGUGAGCCAAGACUAUAUCACAGAUGCCCAGCGCCAGUGGGUGGCCGGCAGGCUCCGAUAUAUCGGAGACGAGCUCGGUCUCAGAUACGCCCACAUCCUCACAAAGCUCGAACUCCGAAUCCCCUCAAUGCUGAUCCGCCUCGACGCGUUCGCGGCACAA